CUUCAGAUUCGAAUUGUACGUGGAGGUAACUACACCUGAGCGACGUUUUCUUGAAAUAAGCGUUUGUAUCUAACGUUGAGAACACGAUUACUGUCGUUUAAAAAAGUACUUUUUCAUUAAGUGACCCUAGUGAUUUAAAAUUCGGUUUCCAUAUAAAUUAGGUGUACCCAACCUACGAUGUUAACCAACAACGCAUUUUUAUUUUUGUUCUCAAUAAUAAUAACGCUUUACUGCCUUAUAACAUCGAGUAAAGCAACGGAGGUGUUCGCAUGGGAAGAUUAUCAACUAAUGAAGGGCGAAGAAUUUUGCAAGACAAGAAAGGACGAUGGUUUUUUUUUAGAAAACAUGUGUCACCAGAUAGCGGACGAAAAUUAUUUGAAAGAUUACCAGCCCAAGUCUAUGGCAGCGUCCUGUGAUCAGAAAUGCACAAUUUCAAUAAUUCACGUCGGAUUGUACGAGUUUAAAAAGAUAACGGAAGAUUUACUCGUAUGCCGAUAUAACCGUAUCGAGGGAGGGGAAGACACUACGACACCAUUUGCAGUAAGAGCUUUAGGUACAGGAAAAGAAAAAAACGAUGUGAUGGAGUAUUAUUACAACGACGGUAUCGCUAAACCUCAUGUCAAUCGACCUUGGUUUUUGUACAAGAUAGACGUCUUGAUAUUAGAACAAUAUAACGAACUACUCGAAGGAGAUGAUUUCUGCAGCACAAAAGAUAACGCCGAUUUUAUGAAAUACCUGUGCGUAAAAAUAGCAGAAAAAACUAGCUUCAAACAUCUCGUCGUAAUCAAAAUGGACGCUUCCUGUCACAAAACCAAGAUAUCCAUGUAUUCGAGAGAUCAACGCAAAACCGUGGUUAUUGAAGGGAAGUUACUGCGAUGCCAUUAUGGCAAAGACAUUGACAGCGUACCACUAGUAUCCAGAGCUCUGGGCAGAGGAAAAGCGAAAUCCGAUGUGAUGGAAUAUUCAUUUAAGGAUGACCUCGCAGUACCUCGCGUUAAUCGACCUAAUUUAUUGAAUGAAAUUCACGUUUUGACCUUAGAAGAACAUGAAUCACUCAAAGGAGCAGAUUUCUGCACCACCAGGAAAUUGCAAAGCCACGGUUUCAUAAAUAUAUGUAUAAGUAUCGCUUAUGCGAAUAGUAUUUCAAACUACAAGGAAGAAUUGUUGAAUAUGACGUGUUCUAAAACAAGUAUAAGCAUAUUUUCUGAGAAAGAAAACAAAUUUGUCGAAAUUGAAGAAAAUUUACUCCAUUGUGAGUAUAAAAGGUUCAACACUGAAGGAGGCAUAGACUGGUUCGCAUCAAAAGUUUUAGGAAGAGGGAGAGGAAAAGAUGAUGUAAUGGAUUAUGAUUACUCUUACCUGGAAGCUAAACCCAUUGCUACACCUUUUUCUAAUCGACGAGAUUUUCUUCUUAUUUAAGUAGCCCUAAGGUUAUUAUUUUUUAAAACUACUCGUACAUAUCAUAAGUAUAAUUAUUGUGAGUCAUAAGAAUGCAUGCAGUAAUUAGUACUACUAAAUACAAUCGCAGAUUAAGACAUGUAACUUUUUAGCUCUUAAGUUUUGAAUUACCUAUAAUUAUUACAUAUACCUA